AGUUCUUUGGAAAAUUUGGAUCAAAAGAGCCAUUGGGACGCUAAGGAUUAUAUUGGGAAUUUAGAAAUUUAUUUUCAGCAAUAUUCUGAUUCUCACAAUAUUAAAUGGCGUAAUAAUGAAAAAAUAAUUGAAGAUUCAAAUCUUAGCAAAUUAGAUUUAGCGAGGAUCAAAUUUCUUGAAUUAAUGUCUAGUAUCCCACCACCAAUAUUGAAUUAUCUUACUGAAAUAGAGCUAUCUCAACUUUUGGAUUAUAUUUUAGAUAUCAACAUUUUUGAUCCUUUAUACUCAUUAGAUGAGACUGCUAUCAGGCGUUACAUGAUGUUCUUGUCACUUGUAUCCAAGAAUAUUAUGAAGUUUGGUUCGGGAGCGCGUAUUACAGAUAAUUGUUUUAAAAAAUUACUGUAUUUAUGGCAAAACCGAUCUACUUUCGAGUUGGACACGGUGAUAUUGCAAUUUAUUGAGAUAUAUAUGGCACCUGGCUUAAUAGAUAAUGAGAAUGUUAAAUAUUUUCAAUUUACAGGAGCGUCAAAUCAUCUUUUAUUGAUCAAGAAUAUUGAUUCAAGUGUUGUACGAUUCAUUCUUGAUAAUUUGAACGCUUUUAAAGCCAAGAUAUUAUCUUGUCUUAUUAUCUGCAAUUCUGAAAUUAGGUUGGAAUUUGUUAAUUUGAUCUUAUUUAAUCCACAAUUAUUAGAAUCAGUUUCCUUAAAAGACUUUAUAAUUAUUGUUUCGGCAUUUAUUGACAUUGUAUCAUCAAAAACACAUUUGCAAAUCAAUUGGUCACCAGUUGUGACUGAAAAUGAUAAGAAUGCCUUCAAAGUGAUAUCCGACAAAUGUGCACUUCGGUUUUUUCACAGUAUAACGACAUCUUAUAAGGAAAAGUCACCAUCAAUCUAUGCUAAUGUUGUCUGUGCAUUGAUGAGUUUAAGUUCACCAGUAGACUUGAUAAAAGUGUUGAAAUUUUCUAUUAAAAAUGGAUCUUUCAACUUAGUUAGUUUGGAUUAUUUGAGUAUAAUUGAAUGUCACUUGACUGAUAAUAUUAAUGAUUAUGAUGAACAGGAACUUAAAGUAUUCAUUUCUGGUUGUCUUCAUCAAGCAACUUUAUUUAUGGAAAAUGACAUUUUCAAAGAUUGUAGUGAAGAAUCAACCAGUCUGGAUGCAAACAUUAUUGGAGAGUUCAUUUUUGUUCUUUUGGAAAAAAAAAUUGAAGAGCCAACAAUUUUGAAGUGUAUAACAUCACUAAUUAUUUCUGCAUACAAUAAAGAGAUAAUAUUUGGACCUUCUUUGGACAAAGUUGUUGAAGCUAUCAUCAAUAAUCCCCAAUUUAAAGUAUUAUGCGAUGUACCAGAGUUAUCACAAAAGGCUGACAAAUGGCAGACAUUCCUAAAUAGAUUAGCAAUAAAUAAUUUGUUGAACACGGUGUUUCGAAUCCAUCCUAAAACAUGCUGUAAGCCUUCAUAUUUGAACAUUCUUUUAUCACACUAUGGUGCUUCCACUUCACUUGCCGACCAAUUGCUCCUCGAUAUAUUCAUCUUUUAUGAAAAAUCAUCUAAUACUUCGAUUAUAUCCAAUGCCAUGAUGUGGGGUCCCGAAUCAGCCCGUCAGAUUGACAGAAGAGGCUUGAUGGGACAAAGGAUUCUUGUUGAAUCAUUAGAUUUAAUUGAUCCUAUGAUAAUGAUGCGAAGUUAUACACAUUUCCCAAUUGAUAAAGAAUUGGAAGUAUCUUUGAAUCCAAUUGAAAUCAUAUCUUAUUUGAAAAAUGAUAUAACCAAAGAUCCUGAUAAAUGGGAACAAUAUUUACCAGUAUACGAUCCAUCAUAUUUCUUACCAUUAUUCGCAAAUUUGUUAUCGUAUGGAAAUUUAUUGGAUGUUAGAAAAUUCAUUGAAAUCAACGCGUUGGGAUUUAUUGUCGUUUCAUUAUCAUCUACUGUGGAAACUGUGAGGAGAGCAGGUUAUUAUCUGAUGGAUGAAUUUUAUGGUUUAUUGGAGCAUGCAACUUUUCGGGAGAAGAGUCAAAUAUUGUUGUUACUUAACUCAUUGAAGAAUUCAAUCGUGGAUCGUGAUAAUGAAAAUAAGCCACUUCAACGAAUUCCUACAAUCAUUUCAGUAUUUAUUGCUCAUGCAUUGAAUAUUUUCACGAAUCCUGCUCAUUUCAUGUAUCCAAUAAUUAAUAAGUUUUUGUUACAAAGACCGAUAUUGGAUUUAGAGGAUGUACCGAUGUUUUAUAAUUUAUUUCAUGCGUCUUCCAAGAAUUAUCAAAAAGAAAGAGUGUGGAUUUUGAGACUUUUGUCUGCCGGAUUAAAAAAUCAUGAAGAUUAUAAAAUCUUUAGAAGAAGAUAUGUAUGGGAUGUUAUUUCUAGUUAUUAUAAUUCACCUCUUGCUGAUAAUAUUAGUCGUAAACUUAUCAUCGAGAUACUGUUCCGAUCAGCAUCCAUUCCACAAGCUAUCACUGACAUGGUCAAAAACCGAGGGCUUUUAACCUGGUUACAUAAUUUAUGUUUUGCAUUGCCACAUUCUCCAUCUGUGAAUGAACCAGCAUUUUUUGGAAUACGAAUACUACUUCGGGUAUUACAAGGUUGUAAGAAUUCGACGUUGCAAUGGUCAAAAGGUGUUCUGAUAGAUCAAGCCAUAAUGAUUGUUUCUAGCGUAUUAAAAUCCUUCGUGAAAGAAGAAACGAUACCAUGGACACUUAAUUACCUUAACGCGAUUAUUCAAGCUUUUCAUUACCUUAUGUUAAUUUCACCAACUCCUAAUCGGGUUUUCACACCGUAUCAUAUAUCGUAUAUUUUACCAAUACUUGAAAAAUGCGAAAUACAUCUUAAAUCAAAACUAAUUAACGAUGAAACACCUAAAUCACCUAUAAACAUAGUUCAUAAUUUAUAUCCUUCAUUAACAGAUAAUUUAGAAGGACUGUACAUGUUUGACACUAAUUUAAUUAGAGUUUAUAAACAAAUUAUAAGAAUGUUAUUUGAAAUGGUGAUUAGUAGUGGUGAACAUGAUAUAGAAGUAGUGAAUAAGAUUGUAUAUAGAGCAUUGUCUAUGGGUGUUUCAACUGAAGCGAAGAUAUGGACGAUCGCAUGUAUGGCUGAGU